CGAUGAGGCGAAGGCCCGCCAAGGUGGGCCUUGAUGAUGAAGGCGCAGGCUUCAAGCUGCCGCUGCUCAAGCGCUUCUGCGGCAUCAAUCUCAUACUCGGGGCGAGCAAAGGGGGAUGGAUGCAUCAGCGAAUGGAUGGAUGGAUGGACGAGCGUGUUGUGUAUGCGUGUGCAGGUGGCGAUUGUCGGUCUGAUCAACCUCCUGUACAGCAUCACGGUGAUAUCGCUCAUGUCUAACAGGGACAAGAUCCUUUUCUUCGACAUCCCCCUGCCACCCAGCAUUCAACUCGCACGUGCGUACGGACGGAUAGAUGGACGACACACACAACAUAACAUGACGCAUGACGGAUGCACUGCAGACAUGCUCCCUCUCUCCCUCUCUCUCUUUUCUUUCUCUUCCAGUGGCGGCGUGGUCCCUUGUGGGCAUUACGGUGGUGAUAGCUGGCGUGUGGGGCGCCUACUAUGGUGUAUAUUGGCACGUCCGCCUCUACUACUACUAUCUGCUCAUCGGCUGGGCCGCGCAGGCCCUUUGCCACUUGUUCGUCUUCGCACAAGGGGCGGGCCUCUGCGUGCUCGUGCCAGGUGAGUGAGCAUAUGGUGCAAAUAACUGACACACUUGAGUUCGAAGACACAUUUGUGUGUGGUGCAGAGUCGAUUAAGGAUACGGGUGGGCAGGAGGGUGCAGUGUGUGGGCUGCUGGGGCUGGGGAUGUUCCUCGUCGACAUCCUUAUCAACUCGUUCUGGAUAUACGCCAUAUGGACAGGUGGGUGACCACCACACCACGCACUGCACAAUGGAUAUUUCCAUUGUUUGUGUGCUGUGUAUGUGUCCAUCCAUCCAUCCGUCAGUGUGGUCUGUUGCCGAGCAUAUCCAGGCUACUGAGAUAUCAGCGUUCGUUGCCAAGAGUGCCCUCCUUGACCCAGAAAAACAGCGACUCCUUCUCGCAGGUACCAACGAGAGAGUGUUGCAUACCUUCAUCCACACACACACACACACACACACGCCCACGCAUAAAUGGUUUUUCUGAUCUUCUGGCUGCGUACCGACAGACCGCUAUGCAGCCGAGGGCCCCUCGGACAGCCCCGACAUGUUCGCCCCGCCCCCUGGCAAGUCGCCCAUUGGCCCGCCCAUUCAGCAGCAGCAGCAGCAGCCGAUCCCACAUACUGCGCCUGUGUCCGGUGAGGGCUAUGCUGGUGCGGUGGGGCAGUGGACGGAUGCAAGGAGGGGCGGGGCUGACGUGUAUGCCAGCUACUGAAGGCCGCUUGUAGAUCUCAACAGCUGUCGCCGUGCUUCUUGCGUGCGGCCGUAGACGGCGGUCGACGGGCGAACGCAAGAAGCACGGCGACACAGCAAUCGCAUCCAUGUAGAAGGAAACGAGCGAACGAUAGACGUGUCUCCCUGUCUCGCUGUCUGUCUUCACCACAGACGGGCGGCAGCGGCUGGCAGGACCGACGAUUCGCGUGUGCAUGUCCUGCAGCCCGGCCAUGUAUUUGUGUUUGGAUACUCUCGGUACUCGGUAUCUGCGAGCGUGUCCUGACAACCAAAAGAGGCGCUGAUGUGCCUCUUGUGGAUAAGUGGAGGCCUGUACAGUGUGCAACGAAAGCGCAG